ACUAGCUACCUACCAGGCUACCAGUAAUAUCUACCCGUACUAUAAAUAUGAAUACGAUGAGUGAUCAAAGGAAGCUUAAUCAAAUUAAACCAUAUCAUUGCCUCUCCUCACCUUUUCUCGUUUUGGGUAUAAAGUUUUUGUCUUUGCUGUCAAUCUGUCAUCCCAAUUAUCUGAACUUUCUUUCUAAGUUCACAAGACCAGCUUGAUCAAUAAUUUGCUACUGCUUCAUUAAUUGUUUUUUGUUGCAAACACAAAAUCAUUUAUUAGCGAGGGAAAAUGCCUGCUGCACCGACGACGCCAGUAGCCGCCGCGGCUCUGUCCGACAUCAACGACUUCGUGGUGAAACAAGGCCACGGAGUGAAAGGGCUUUCCGAACUCAGCCUCCCGACCCUCCCCGCCCAAUACGUUCACCCGCCGGAGGAGCGCCUCUCCAGCAUGGAAGUCCUCGCAGACGACGGCAUCCCGGUGAUAGACGUCGCCAACUGGGAGGACCCCGAGGCCGUGGCCCGUCUCAUCUGCGAUGCAGCCGAGAAAAGGGGUUUCUUCCAGAUUGUGAACCACGGCAUUCCUCUGGAGGUGCUCGAGAAGGCCAAGGCGGCGACUUAUCGCUUCUUCGGGGAGCCGGCGGAGGAGAAGAAGAAGUACUCCAAGGACAACUCUCCCACCAGCAAUGUGAGGUACAGCACCAGCUUUCUUCCCCAGAUAGAAGAGGCUUUGGAGUGGAAAGACCACCUCAGUAUGUUCUAUGUUUCUCACGAUGAGGCUGCUUUGUACUGGCCUCCUUCAUGCAGGGAUGAUGCAUUGGAGUACCUCAAAAGUUGUGAAGUAGUGAGCAAGAAGCUAUUGGAAGCACUUAUGCGCGGCCUUAUCAAUGUCAAUGAAAUCGACGAUGCCACAACUUCUCUCCUCAUGGGGUCCCGUCGGAUCAACAUCAAUUACUAUCCCAAGUGUCCCAAUCCCGACCUCACGGUCGGAGUUGGCCGCCACUCUGACAUCUCCACCCUCACCCUCCUGCUUCAGGAUGACAUCGGUGGGCUAUACGUGCGCAAGCUCGAAAACGACGCUUGGUCCCACGUCCCGCCCGUCAAGGGCGCCCUCGUCAUCAACAUUGGCGACGCCCUCCAAAUCAUGAGCAACGGACGCUACAAGAGCAUCGAGCAUCGCGUCAUGGCCAAUGAAACCAAUGACAGGAUCUCCGUUCCCGUUUUCUUCAACCCCCGGCCUACCGACGUUGUGGGGCCGCUCCCCGAACUCCUCGCUGCCGGGGAGACCCCCAUUUACAAGCCCGUCCUUUACUCUGACUAUGCCAAACACUUCUACCGCAAAGCUCACAAGGGGAAAGACACCAUUGCUUUUGCUAGAAUCGCUCAAUAGUUAUUUAACAACAAUAAGCUAGAUAUAUAUCUUCCUAGCUCAACGCUAGCAUUCAUUACAACUUACAAGUGAUCAUUGUUUAUGUUAAUAAUAAUACUGUAUUAAAUAACAUCGCACGGGCGUGCAUGCAUAAAUAUUUACAAUGUACGUACUCCAUUAUUAUAAAUUUAAUACUCCGUAAUACUUAUGAAUAUUUCUGUGAUCCCUAGUUCUUUCUUGGUUGUUCUUUUCUCACUCUAUGAUGCCGGUCGAUUCAGGGCCGUCUUUAACAUGCAACAGUAUUAAGUUUAGUUUGGAGUACCAGAAAGAGAAUGUAAAGUGAACUUUAAUUACAAACUAACAGAUAGCAAACAAGACUCUGAUUCAAAUACUUACAAAAGCCUUGUGCAUUUUUACAUAACAAUCAGUCGUUAUCGGAAUUCAAACCCAAGACUUAUUCUGUGUAACAUCCCC